UAGCUCAGGUGGACUGAGAUAUCACCAUGAAUAUCAGGUUUAAACUUGUCAUACUGAUACUUGUGCUGACUCUUGAUGAUCAAGUUCAUGCAGGAGAAGUUAUUGGAGGUCAUGAGGCUAAGCCACAUAGCAGACCCUACAUGGUGCUUUUGGAGGGGAAGCAUAACAAUAAAGAAAAAUACUGUGGUGGCUUCCUUCUAAAUGAGGAUUUUGUGAUGACUGCAGCCCACUGCCAAGCCGACUCCUACACACUGUUUUUAGGACUUCACCAUUACAAAGAAAAUGAGGACAUACAGAAAGUAUCUGUGGAAAAAGCAUUUCCACAUGAGGACUACAAUGAAGAAGGAUACAAAAAUGACAUAAUGCUACUUAAGAUGAAGUCCAAGGCAAAUUUCAACAAAAACGUGAAACCCAUUGAUCUCGCAGAUCAAGGUUAUGACAUGUUACCACAACACUGUGCAGUCUCUGGCUGGGGCAGAACAGCCAGGAACAAACGUCAAUUGUCUCUUAUACUCAUGGAAGCCGAUGUAACGUUAAUUGGCAUUGAGCAGUGUCAGAACAAAGAACACUCAUACUGCUCCAAGGGAGACACUGGACCUGGUGCGGGAGACUCUGGUGGACCACUGGUCUGUGAAGAUGGAAGAGCAUAUGGGGUGGUGUCCUCCACCUACACUCCGAGCAAUGGUGACCCACUAAUUGACCAUUAUGCCAAGAUUCCUGACUUCAGACCCUGGAUCGAUUCCAUUAUGAAAACAUAUCAAUAAGUCAGACUGACCAAAUAAAAACAGUUGAAUUUACAAUGCUGCCAUUGUAUAUGAUUGUGAUUUGGUUAAUUAAAGAGACUAACAUGUUUCUGUGUUUUAUGCUAAAGCUGUUAUUUCUGCUGCAGUGGCCUAGGAAAUUGAUAACUAUAGUUUCUGUCAAAACAGAGGUUAUUCUAGACUGAUUACAAAUUUCAACAAGUACAUGUGGGUAUUUUGAGGCAAGACUUCAACAAGCCAAUGAAGGCAAACACACAGUAUCAGUUGGGGUAACAUUCAAAAAUGUAUUUGUUGACCCAGUGGUGUUUUAAUGGUGUAAUCAAUUGAUACAGAAAUAUAUUAUGUCCUAUGCAUUAUAUACAUUAAACACAUUAUUGCUUUUUGCAUCUAAUUUUAAACUUAAAAUGAGAACAAAGAAUCCUGUUUUGUUCCUUGUUGUAUACCAUCUUUGCAAACAAUAAACUGCUUCU